GGCUGGCGUCUGCGCGCGGGGAGGGCGGGGCGGCGGGCGCGGCCGGGCCAUGUGUGCCGGGCGCCGCCGCAGAGCGGCCGCAGCCGCCGCCGCCGGCAGCGCCGCGCCCGCCCCGGGGAGCGGCGCAGAGCCCGGGAGAUGUUCUCCUCUUGGGGCUUCCCCUGCGGCCGCAUCCGCCUCGCCGGCCGGACGGCAGCUCGGUGCUCCGCCCUGGUCCACCAGCGGACGGCGGCUUCCUCCGCCACGCCGUGGCUGCCGCUGCUCGGCGGCGCCCACCGGCGCCUACUCGCGCUCGGCGGGCUGAGCCCCUUCGCGGCGGCGGCGGCGGCCGGGCGAGGGGCGGCGGGGGCCGCACCGUGCGCCUCGGGGGCGGCGGGGGGCGGGUUCCGGCCGUCGCGGGUGGCGGUGGUGGUGAAGACGACGCGGUACGAGUUCGAGCAGCAGCGGUACCGCUACGCCGGGCUCUCCGAGGAGGACCUGAAGCAGCUGCUUGCCUUGAAGGGAUCUAAUUAUGCUGGUCUGCUGGAGCGGCAUCGCAUUCAUACAAAAAAUGUGGAGCAUGUUGUGGACAGCUUACGGAACGAAAGGAUAGAAGUUCGUCUUGUUAAGCGUCGAGAGUAUAAUGAAGAGACAGUUCGGUGGGCAGAUGCUGUUAUAUCAGCAGGAGGUGAUGGUACAAUGUUGUUAGCAGCCAGUAAGGUCUUUGAUAAAUUUAAACCAGUCAUCGGAAUAAAUACUGAUCCUGAAAGAUCAGAAGGUCACCUGUGCUUGCCUGUGAGGUACACACACUCAUUUCCUGAGGCACUACAGAAGCUUUAUCGUGGUGAGUUCAGGUGGCAGUGGCGGCAGAGAAUCCGACUGUAUCUUGAAGGAACUGGGAUUAACACAACCCCAGUGGAUUUACAUGAACAGCAGCUAAGCCAAGAGCAGCACAGCCGGGCUCACAUAAAUGAAAGAUUCCAGGAUCAAAGGUCUGAUAUUUCUGGCCCACAUCUUUUACCAGUGAGAGCACUCAAUGAAGUCUUCAUUGGGGAAUCUCUUUCAUCCAGGGAGAACUUUAAGUCCUGCAAACCCAGUUUUAAAUUCUCGCUUCAUAGGGCCUCCUAUUAUGAAAUAUCAGUUGAUGAUGGUCCUUGGGAGAAACAGAAGAGUUCAGGGCUUAAUGUGUGUACUGGAACAGGAUCAAAAGCAUGGUCGUAUAAUAUUAACAAGGUUGCACAUCAAGCUAUUGAAGAGAUACUUAAGAUCGCAAAAAAGCAUGGAAGUUUGAAUAUGCCAUUGAAUAUGGAACUGGUACAGAAAGUAACAAAUGAUUACAAUGAGUCACUGCUCUACAGUCCAGAGGAACCAAAGAUGUUUUUCAGUGUUCGAGAGCCUAUUGUAAACAGAGUUUUCUCAAGUAGCCGUCAGCGUGGCUUCUCGUCAAAAGUCUGUGUCCGUUCCCGUUGUUGGGAUGCUUGUAUGGUUGUAGAUGGAGGAACAUCUUUUGAGUUCAAUGAUGGGGCAAUAGCUUCAAUAUUGAUUGACACAGAGGAUUCACUGUGCACUGUUCUUCUGGAAGAAUGAAGGACCUUGAUGACUUUUGCUGAAACAUUUAUGAAUCCAUAGAGGGAAACCAUGGGGAUAUCACAAUGCUGCAUUAUAUUGGAAGUUGGCCUUUUUGGAUGCAAGAGCAUUUGGAGGAAGCUUGAAAUGCUUUUCAUUCCUUUGGGUUGGGGAAUCAUUAGCCUGAUAUUUGAGCUUUUUUUGCUUCUAGUGUAAAUGUCUGAAAUGUUACCUCUAACUUAAAUGAAAAUUGACAUUUUAACCUGUAAGGCAAACAUGAAAGCUUUGUAAACACAGGUAAAUGGGUUCAAGUAUUAAGUGAGUAGCAUUACAUAUUCAGAUGUACAGUUUUUUAGUAACAGUCUGGGACUGGUAAAACUAAGUACUUCAUACAUACACUUUUGUAGAAAAGUUGACUGUCAAAUUAGCAAUUUGAUGCAAGGAUAUAUAGAUUUUGGUAAACCAUGAUGUUGAUGUAAAAGAAAUGAAAAUACAAAUCUUUUGUAUACUUUUAAAAAAUUGUACAACUUUGUAGUUUCAUACAACUUGUGGCAAUUUUUUUUUGUUCUUCUAUUAUUUUUUCUACUUUGUAAACUUACAUCAAGAGUGUUAAGUCUGGUUUAAUACAUCUUGAAUGAGGUAGCUUUUAGUUUUUCUGUUUGACCUAGAUAGGGACUUGAAACCCAAAGGUUUUCUUGAGCCCUUCAUCAAGAACAUACCAAUUGUAGAAAUCAUGUUUUAAUAGGAUAUAUUCCUUCACUGAAUGGAUUAACUUGCAAUCAGAUGAUCAGAGCAGUAGUGUAUGUUAAGUGGUUAUCAUUAAGACAUAUAUUUCACCUUAUUAAGUUGAAUGUUUGGAAUUUCAGGUUUUGAAUUUCUUAUAUUUAAAGAAGAAUGAGAUAUGCUGAGCAGUAGGAGUUGGAGCACAAGCUAAUACCUAUGUCUUCCAGUUUUCCCAGCACGUUUUUACCUUCUCCAGAAAAUUUAAAUUUACAAUCCUAUGCUGAAUGCUAGUGAUAUGUAAAUGACAAGAAAUUAAUAUCACAUGUCUCUGCUCAUGUUAGGUAAUCAAGUUGAUAAUAGAAAGAAAAAAAAAAGCUCUUAUUAAAGGAGAGCAAGUGACCUUUUGAAUCUUUUAGAGAAACUGUGAACUAUGACUGCCUUUCGAAAUCCAUGCUUAUAACUGCAUAGGUGAGGCAGAAUUUGGGAAAACAAAUAUUCCUACAGCAGGAACUCUUCUUUUGUUUACUAUAGAUUGGUUUCCGAGAGUGAGUUUUCUAACGACUUUUGAAUGAAGAGACUUCUGUAACAGAUGUUCUCAGGUCUAAUGGAAGUGUUUUCUAGUGUGGCUAAUCAAUCAGGGUAUUUAUUGCCACUUGCAAAAUGUAAAUUGCUCUUUAUUGGCGGAGGAAAUGGAGAAAGGGUUUUUUCCUUCUAGACUUAGAGUGAAUACAGCUUAAAACAUAAUCCAGAGGAUAUUGAUUUGACCAGACCAUUCAGUUCUAGGAAAAUGUGAAAUUAAUGGAGAUGUCUGAAUAAGUUAUCACUGUGUACAUUUCACCUUCUAAGUGUGCUGCAGAGUUAUUUACACUGUCUGGUUGUUGUGACUGUAGACCCAGGGGGGAAAAGCAAAGUAGCCAAAUAAGCUUUCAAAAGGUGGUAAGUUCAGGAACUAUUGGAAUAACUUACUGUCUAAAAUAAUGUGCAAAGCUUGUCUAAAGCUAAAGACACAAAAGACUAAUCUUUCUAAAAGUUGUGUGCACACAGACUAUGAUGUUUGAUUAUUUUCAAUCCAUCUGUAACCAGUUAGGGAUUGUUUAUUAAUGUGCCUCUGUCCAUGUACACUAAUUAGUAUGCUGUGAGGAUUCAAAAAAUCCCCAAGCUCACCAAUGCCGUUAACACUAAUUAAUUCCUUCUUAGGACUCUUACCACUCUUAGACUAGAUUUAGGUAUUGAACAUGUGCACAGCAAAUCUAUGGCAGAAAUCCCAACAACUGCCUAUUUAGACAUUUGUGUUCUGCAAAGGUUUAAUGGAGACUGGUUAGUCAGAUCAGUAAGUACACCUCUUAAACAUGCUUGUCAUUCCUUAUUAUGAACGUCAAGACUUAAUGUUUUCAGGCCCUACAGCCCCAAAGUAUAAUCUAGAUUAGACUUUAGUAAAUUUUCAAAUUCCUAACUUUGCAAAAUGGAAGCCUGACCUACUUGUGAGUGGCCUCUACUGGUUUUGUCUGUAUUUAAUUGAAGUUCUGUUGAAGCAUUUACUGGUGAAUGCUUAAAAUUGACUAGGAUGAUUCAGAAAUCUGUAAUUGAUAGUAAGCAGCUACUUUUUUUUUUUUUAAUUAAACAAUUGUAGGACCCUUUUUAAGGAUCCUUUAUGACAAAGGAUUGCAGUACAGACAACUUACUUGGUAGACAACAGGACUGAAUCUUGGUUUAGCACUGAUUUAAUCUGCAUGGACUAGCAGUGAUUUUUGCACCCCUUCCACCUGCUGAGUCAAGUCCAUGGUAUUUUCAUUUAAUGCUAGUCUACACUGUGUUCUGCUAAACUAGACCUGUUAUUCUUCACUUCUUUUUUCCAAGUGGUGUUUAUACAUUAUGUAAUAAAAAUUAAAAGGUUAAUUGAUAAA